CAAUUACACCAGUGUUCUCAAUAAAUACAUAUAGCUGCAGCUUGUUCGUUGUAAGCUGUGAAGGUGUGGGGUAAAGGAAGGCAAAGAUGCCAACUCGUAGAUACGAAGUUGGGAGGGCUGACGAGGCCACUCAUCCCGACUCCAUGAGAGCCACCUUGGCUGAAUUCCUGGCCACUAUCAUCUUCGUCUUUGCCGGUGAAGGCUCGAUUCUUGCUAUCGACAAGAUGUUCAACGAAACGAAUACAACGCCUGCAAGAUUGGUGAUGGUAGCACUUGCGCACGGGUUGGCUCUGUUUGCGGCCGUGGCAUCUAGUAUGAACGUAUCGGGUGGUCAUGUGAAUCCUGCCGUCACCUUCGGUGCCUUGCUCGGAGGAAGGAUCUCUGUGGUCCGUGCGGUUUAUUACUGGGUUGCUCAGCUCCUAGGUGCUGUUGUGGCUUGUCUCUUGCUCCGCCUCACCGCCGGAAUGAGACCUGCAGGUUUCACAGUGGCGUUUGGAGUUGGAGAGUUGCGUUGCAUGAUACUAGAGAUUAUCCUGACAUUUGGAUUGGUGUACACAGUUUUCGGAACGGCGAUCGAUCCCAAAAGAGGAAGCUUGGGGACGAUAGCACCACUGGCUAUAGGGUUAAUAGUGACCGCCAACAUCUUAGUAGGCGGGCCAUUUGAUGGAGGAGCCAUGAACCCAGCCAGGGCAUUUGGUCCGGCUUUGGUAGGUUGGAGGUGGGACCAUCACUGGAUAUACUGGGUGGGUCCAUUGAUCGGUGGAGGCUUAGCCGGUCUGGUAUACGAGUACAUGAUCAUCCCGGCUGCCGAGCCUGCGCACCCAACGCACCAGCCCUUGGCCCCUGAAGAUUACUAGUCAAUGUUUCUGUGUUUUGCACCUCUGUACCUGUAUCUAGCUACUUAAUUUGUUUAUCAUGGAUCCAUGCAUGUGGUUCCUUCUUUUGUUUUUUUUCUUCUUGAGUUGUCUUGUAUGUUUGUACGCAGUGU